GUGGAUUAGCCUUCAGUAAGACUGGGUGCAUGAGAGAUGUGUGCGAAAGUUGAUGUGGGCUCUGCAGGCCUACAGUAGGCGGACGGAAUGAUUUGACUGCGUGGGCGGGGAGCGCUACAUUCUGAUCAGACUUGAGGUGCCGACGGUGUGAAGGGAGAGCUGAUGUCUUGAUCAAGAAAAUAUGUGUUCAUGUGUUUUGCUUUGAUUUACUGGAUUACUUGACAUGACAGCGAAGAAACAACGUUUUAUUUUAAUACAAGAAUACACUAAGGAAGAGAAGUCUGUCCAUAUUUGGGCCUACUUGUUUGACUUAGCAGGUGGUGCCUGUGGAAAGAAGGGAACAGACGACUGACAGGUCGCAGGUUCCUAUCAGGGCCCAAUCCAGACUGUCCAGGCCCUGUGUCUACUUCACAAGGCCACCCAUUGCGCUGCGCCUCCCCCCACCCCCCGUGCCAUGGCUUCAACCACACGGCCCCCAAAUGGCUGCGGCGCCAACAUCCAGUCUCUCUACUUCAACUUGUGUGACCUGGAGGCAGUGUGGGGCGUUGUGGUGGAGGCCUUUGCCGCCGCUGGCAUCGUCUGCUCGUUUCUGUUGCUCAUCAUCCAGAUGGCGAGCCUGCCGUUUGUGCAGGACAAGACGCGCAAGAGCAUGACCCUGCUGCAGGCCAGCUUCCUGGUGUUCACGCUGGGCCUGUUCGGCCUGUCCAUCGCCUUCAUCGUGGGCCGGGACUUCACCACGUGCGCGGUGCGCCGCUUUCUGUUCGGCGUGCUGUUCACCGGUUGUCUGGCGUGUCUGCUGAUGCACGGCCUGUGGCUGUUUCUCCUGGAGCGUCAGGAGCGCGGGCCGCGCGGCUAUCUCCUCUGGCUGGGCGCCCUGGCCGUGUGGCUGGUGGAGGUCAUCAUCAACACCGAGUGGAUGAUCAUCACGGUGGCGCGCACCCCCGUGAGCAAGGCGGCCGUGACGUCCGAGUUCCUCUCGUGCCGCAUCACCAACAAGGACUUCGUCAUGGCGCUCAUCUACGUGAUGGUGCUGCUGGUGGCCGUGGUGCUCAUGGCCGUGCCGUCGCUCACGCACAAGCACCGGAGCCUCCGCCGCGACGCCAUCUACAUCCUGCUGACCGGCGUCCUCUCCAUGAGCAUCUGGAUCACCUGGAUCGUCAUGUACAUCCAUGGCAACCGGAUAGUGGGGGAUGCCACCUGGGACGACCCUACCUUAGCCAUCGCCCUGGUGUCCAACGGAUGGGUGUUCCUGGUGCUCUACACCAUCCCCGAGAUCUGCCUGCUCAGCUAUGAGAACCAGAGCGCAGAGGAACAUGAGCAUGAGGACCACCUUUACCCCACCAGGGGGGUGGUGUAUGAGAACAUUCUGAGGGACCAGACUCAGGUUGAGCAGAACAUGUACAUAGAAAACAAGGCCUUCACUAUGGAUGAGCCUAGCACAGCCAAGAAGUUUGCUUCUCCGUACAGUGGUUAUAAUGGCCAGCUACGUGGCGGUGUAUACCAACCAACUGAACUAGCGCUGAUCUCCAAAGGUCUUACCAAUAGGGACUUCUCCCAUGAGCCAGUAUUCCCCAGAGCUGCCGCUCCUCCGCCUGGGCAGGGCAGGAGUGGCUCUCUGCCCAAAACACCACAGCCGCUCCCCCUCAUAGGCCUGGCUCACACAAGCAGUGGAAAUGGCUUACAUAAGCAGUGGUGAAUGAAGUGCAGCAGCAUCGUGGAUAUUUGCCUCUUAGUUUGUCCUUUAUGUCAUUUCGUCACUGUAACUGAUCUGAACUGUAGUCACAGAAGGGCUGUGAGAAAGGGCCCUGUCCAGAGGAAAUGACCCCCCUGCUGGAAAGAGUGUUUCUGAUGUCCUCAAUCGCCCAGCAUCCCACGACUGGUAGCAGAGCCCCACCACAUCCCCAAAUUCCAGCCUUCGCGGCACUCCCAACCCAGAGGUCACAUACCAUGUGGGGGUCUCAGGGAAUAACUAGUAGUACUAGUACAUCAGAUGCACUGCACUGUAACUUCUAUUUUUGCAAAUAGUUGAAUUGGAUUUGUUACUGAUGAUACAAUUAACCACACAAAGAAAAGUGUAAGCUAAACUGAAAUGCAGCCUAUUUCUCAUUUGGUUCUAUGUGAUCAGUCACUAUUUUUAUUAGCAUACCUAUUCUCUUUUCAGUUACCAUGUCAGCAGUAGUCACUAUUGCUCCAUGGUUUAUAUGGACCUAUUGAAGGGGGUCAGGGACACUGAAUGCAAUUAAUUUUGAGCCAAUAUGUUAAUCAAAGAAAUAUUAUAUCAAGCAUAGCCAUUUCCAAAGAUGCUGCAGCUUAUAAUUAUUUGUAAAUAGGGAAGAUCAUUUCAGUCAAGCAUUGGUUAAUGUUAGUGAUGGUCAAGCUUACACUAGUUUAUAGUGUGCAAGAGUGAGUGCAGGCUUUUUAACCUUUAAUCAAGCAUAUCUGUACUGUUAAGCAAUGUUUAAUCAAGUUUUUAUACCAUAACUAUGAUGACUAUGCUUUAAGUUACAAAUCCUUCAAAUAUGAUUGAUAGUUUAGUAACAAGUUUAACAAUGUUACUUAUUAUUUUUAGUAAACAUUUAUGAUUUUGGAAAAUAAUCUAAACUUAUUCUUGUCAAUAAAUUAUCAAUCGCUACCCUGUCACUUUCAGUAACAAAACUAUAAUAAAUAAUGUUGACAUGAAAAAAGGAAAACAAAAAAAAAAGAAAAUGGUGGGGAACCAAAAUGAUGAAUAUUAUUUGAACAGUGUGAAUGAUUGACAAUAGUGAUCCAGAUGGAGCUGUCAAAAGGCUUCUCUGUUCUC